AUGGACACGUGGGAGAAGGUGUGGUUCGUGGCGGGCCUGUGCACGGCCCUCUCGACGUUGCUCUCCCUCUACCUGGUCUAUAAACACCUGCGCAACUACACCCAGCCCAAGCUGCAACGACACAUUGUGCGCAUCCUGCUGAUGGUGCCCAUCUACGCCAUCGACAGCUGGCUCUCCCUGCAGUACAAGGAGUGGUCGCUCUACUUCGAUUUGGCACGCGACGCCUACGAGGCCUACGUGCUCUACCAAUUCUUCAACCUCCUCAUCGCCUUCAUCAACACCUACGAAUACGAUUUCGAUCACCACAGACUGCAGGACGACGAGUUCGACCCGGACAGCAUUGAGUCCAUGCGUCGGGUGCGCGACCGCGAGUGGGAGGUGAGCGAGGGCCGCGUGGUGGCGCUCCUCGAGAGCAAGCCCGUGACGGGCCACCCGUGGCCCACCUGCUGUUUCCCGCCCUUCAAGCCCGGCGCCAGCUUCCUCCUCCUCGCCAAGCGCUGCAUCCUCCAGUUCGUCGUCCUCAAGGCACGCACCUCCUUCCAUCCGCGUCCGAGCCUGGCGGUGCUGGCUGCGGUGCUGGAGUCCAAGGGCUGGCACUCAACUCACCCCAGGACGCUCGUGUAUGGCGACGGCGACUUCUCGCUCAACAAGGGCUACCUGUGGAUCACCAUCGUGGACAACAUUUCCAUCACCGUGUCGAUGUACUUCCUGGUGCUGUUCUACCACGUGACCAAGAACGAGCUGAAGCCCUUCAACCCGAUGUCCAAGUUUCUGUGCAUCAAGCUGGUGAUCAUGUUCGCCUUCUGGCAGGGCAUCGUCAUGGCCUUCCUCGGUUGGCUGGCGUGCUCAACGAGGAGAACGUCCACCUCGGCAAGGACUGGCAAAGCGAAGAGGAAAUCGAAUCUGAUCAUUUGCAUUGAGAUGAUGCUGGUGGCCAUCGCCCACAGCUACGCCUACGGCUACGACACCUACAAGAAGGAUCUUCUCGAGGACGGAAUGGAGGCGCUCGGGCUGGACAACAUCGCGCGCAAGCUGGAGCGGGACUGGGAGGACGAGGAGGGCCGGUGGACGCACAAGGGCAGGCACGCCUCCGCCACCGCCGCCACGGUGCCACACUUCAGCCCCACCUCCGCUACCACUUCCACCUCCACCACCACCAUGUUGGCUGGCGGCAGCUCCAGCUCCAGCAUCAACAGCAGCGGCUGA